CUUGAACUCACCUUAGUUUGUUUACAAUGUAUAACUUUCUCCGACUUCCUAGGACGUGUUUUAUGCCACUUCUUUUUCUGUCUCAUUUUGUCCACCAAACUUUUAACGUUGUGCGUGAAUACACAAAGCGCAUCCUGGAGAGUGUGUCACGGAGCAAGCGCAUGCCGCUGCGCAUUCCUCUAUGAGCCCAGCACAGUGCGCCUCGGGGCACGCCCACCGGCGCUCAUCUCCUACUGCAGCCAGCGGCUGCAAUCAAUCAGCAAUCAGCACACCUGAAGCUGGUGAUAAGACCUGCCUUCAUAAGCCUGCACAACCUGCUAUCCCGUGCCAAAAUGUAGCGACCUGUCCUGUGCACAGCGUACCUCCGUUUCCACAUUCCGAGCUGUGUGUCUCGUCUUCCCACGUUCCCUCUGUAUCCCUGGCUACCUCUUGGAUCUUGACCUCCCACCUGGACACGGACCUCUGACGUCUAGAUAUCGCCCCGACUACCUGCUUGUCUCACGGACCUUCGAGCCUGCUUUUCCCCCAGUGGACUUCCGCCUCUCACGCUUAACACUCACGGUUCCCCUUUCAGAUACAUAACACUAUUGUUCUGGGAAUUGCAUAACGACGGCCGCCGUUUCCGAGCCUUGGAAGCAGCAGAGGCCACAGCUGCUUUCAAAGUCACCCGCUUCCCGCCAUGGCGCCAAAGAAGAAGGAAGAGCCGGCACCUGCGCCGGCACCCAAAGCGCCUGAACCUGAGCGCCCUAAGACCCCGGUGUUCAACCCUGCAUCUAUCACGCUGGAAUUCACACCCGAGCAAAUUGAAGAUUUCAAAGAUGCGUUCCAGCUGUUUGACAGGACUCCAAAUAACGAGAUGAAAAUCACCUACGGACAAUGUGGGGAUCUGAUCCGAGCGUUGGGACAGAAUCCCACCAACUCCGAGAUCAUGUUUGUGCUCGGGAAGCCCAAAGCCGAAGACAUGCAGUCCAAAAUGAUGGAUUUUGAUCAGUUCCUUCCCAUCCAUCAGCACAUGUGCAAGGCCAAAGAUCGAGGAACCUUCGAGGACUUUGUGGAGGGUCUGAGGGUGUUUGACAAGGAGGGCAAUGGAACCGUCAUGGGCGCCGAGCUGAGACACGUCCUGGCAACGCUUGGUGAGAAGAUGCGAGAGGAUGAGGUGGAGCAGCUAAUGCAGAACCAAGAGGAUGCUAAUGGAUGCAUCAACUACGAAGCUUUUGUCAAAUACCUUAUGGCCUCUUGAACGACAAACUCAUGUAUUAUUAUUAUUAAUAUGAAUCUCGUUGUCAUUCUGCUGCUGCCUUAUUCUGCAUGACGACAUCUGUCAUCUCAUAAAGUGCAACAUGCUGAUGAAGUA